UUUUUGACACAUUUUUGCGCAUUUAAGGAUUUGUUUUUGUUUAUUGCGGCAGCGCGGCUAUGGAUCCCACGACCAUUGAGUUUAUAGGCGAGAAAUGUAUGAUCAGCAUUAUACCCAAUUUCUCUAGUGAACCAUUGCAUUUAAUUUACGGUUCUGUGGGUCCAUUUCGAGCCGGAUUUCCAGUUUUUGUUCCUCUGUGGCUGGCAACGCAUCUCCGGAAACAACAAAAAUGUCGCAUAGUUCCGCCCGAAUGGAUGGACAUGGACAUUCUAGAAGAGAUCAAGGAGGAGGAAAAACGUUCCAAAUUCUUUACCAAAAUGCCAAGCGAACAUUACAUGGUGGUGGCUCAACUAGUCAUGAGCACUGCUCCAGAUGAUGUUCCCAGAUGUGAGGAACUGAGAACGGUUAUCAAAGAUAUAUUCGAUACACGUGAGGCAAAGUUGCGUACUUCCAUCGAUGCCUUUAUCAAAGGUGAGGGAACCUAUGCCAAGCUUGAUAAUCUGACGCUCCUGGAAAUACACAGUGUGCGGCCAAUACUGCCAUGGUCACUUGAUCAUAUAUCACGGUACCAAAGAGUUGCUACUGCUUCACAAAGGGAUACUUCCAUGCUGGGAUUGAACACAACAGUGGGAUCUUCAACGGUACCGGGAUCAAGUGCCACUCCUGCUUCGCUAAGCAACUCGCUUUACACUCAGUAAUUAGUUUUAAUUGUUAGGGUUUGUUAUAGUUAAGAGUAAUUAUUUCCAUAGAUUCACAAACUGAUAUUAUAUAUACAACGUUAAGAAAUCGGCCAUCAAUACAUUGAAUAACAUGAAUUUGCUUAAAAAUGAA